UCGCUGCGUGGUCGAAGUUUUAAAGAAAACGUUAAACUGACAGCUGCAUAAAAGUGUUAAAAAAUAACAGAAGAGCAGAAGAAGAAUAUCUCUCCCGCUCUAUCUUCCACUUACUGUGUGCGUGCUAGCCGGCCAGUUUUAUCAAGGAGCAACAAGCUAAUCAAUCACUCGUUUAACAUGGCCAUCGCUGAGAGCCAUCUAUCGGGCAGCUGCAAAGCUGUUCCUGGCAGAUGCUAUAACAGGAACAGGUCACAUACCCCCGCAUCGACGUCGUCGCCGUCGCUGUUACUGUUGUUGUUGUCGCUGCUGCUCGUGACGCUGACAGCGCUGCCCACUUUGUGCUCGGCACUGACUUCCGAGUCAACAACCCUGCCGUCGGUGGACACUGAGGAAGUCACCACGCUAAACCCACCACAGCAACCAGUGAACGAACUCCAUGUUGAGCCAACUGUUACCGCUGUUAACGAAACGAACGUUCGGCUCGAGCCCGAGCCCGAGUCCGAGCCCGAGCCCGAGGAAACGGCUGCUGCCGAAGUUGCCGAUGAAUUUGCCCACACCAGCUUCGUGGCGCUGGGUGGCGAGGGACUGGAGCAGGGCAUACGCAAUGCGGUGAAGAGCGAGGUGGAGUCGGAAAUCGAAGCAGAUGCCUCUGGACUGGUGGAAACACUGCAAGUUGACCACAAAGAAGACGAGCACAAGACAACAAGCAACAACGAGGAGCAAACAGAUGCAGCUCAAGGUGUACGUGAGCCGAAAACUCUGGCAACGGACGUGGAGAAGGUUGAAGAGAGCGUCAAGGUUGAGGAGAAAGAGAAAGCUGUCGAACUUGAGGACGUAAAGAAGGUUGAAUCGACGGAGAUUGACUCCGAGUCGGAUGAUACUCAAGAAUCUGUGGAAGCUAAGGAGCCUGCGAUUGCUGAGAGGUCGGACGCACUAGUUGACAGCUCUCCGGCGGAGAGCAAUCCGGUGGAAGCAGAGAACCGACCGCUGCCCAGUGUGACCAGCGAUUUGGUGGCCGUGAUCUUCGAUGAGAAUCGUGCGAUUACCGAGCAGCCCAUCAUGAAAACGAACCUGUUAGCCCUGGAACGGGAGCACGAGGAAUUCCGCGAAGUGGAGACAACCCCGCAGCCCAUAUUCGAAGUGCCCAAGCAUCAGGUGACCAAAAAGCAAGGUGUCGAGGACCUGCUGCCCAAGGAGAAUACCGAAAAACUGGAUGAGCCGCAGUCACCACCAGAAGGAGAGGAGAAUGCCAGGGAUGAGCGCAAUCUGGAGACUACAGCGGAGAGUACAUCGGAAGCAUCCGCUCAAGAUCAAUUGAAUGAAGUCGAAAAGAAAGAUUUGGAUGUAAAACCCGCAGCUUUGAGCACCGCAGAACCAGAUUAUGUGGCUCCAACGGAGGCAACGCCGGAGCAGGCUGUCGUGACUCUGCCGGCAGAAACUUUGACGCCUGCGGAAGGCGAGCAAGAUCAGUCGGAGGAUGAAGAGAAACCUGAUCUGAAAGAGUCAAGUGGAGGCGAGUCAAGCUCUGCCAGCUCCACGGCAUCCCCGACACGAUCUGAAACGGAUAAGGCUGAUGAAUCUGUCGAGGAUGACAGCCGAGAUGAGAGCGAUGCCGAGAAGGCUGAAUCGGAGACGGAGCAAGGCGCUGUCCAGCCCGCUGACAAGGACUCCUCCGAGGAGUCCGAGGAGCUGUCGGCAGAUGAGCCAAAGGCCCGAGCCGAAGACAGCACCGCGACUCCGCUCGUCUCCUAUCCGCCGCACAAUGCGGGUCAGACGUUUGUCAGCAAUCUGGCCGACGAGCGCAGCGCCCAUCUCUCGCUGGCGUCCAGCAGCCGCUCCACACUGAUCAUUGCACUCUGCUCCGGCACCGCCGUGCUCUUCAUUGUCGUCUCGCUGGUCAUAUUCGUGUUGUCGUUCCAACGCCAGCACGGCACACUGGACAUCGAGAUGCAGGAGCAGCGUUUGGGCAAGGACGACCUGGACCAGGAGGAUGCGCAGAUGAAGCUGCUCGAUGUGGAGCUGUCGCCGCCCGUUAUCAUUGCCAUGGGCAACGAGGAGACCGACGAAUGCCUCUAGACAUCCCGCACUUCAGCCGGCACGCUUCUACGGCGCAUUGUAAAUACUUUAUAACAUUGAGAUUGCGUUUGGUUUUUUUUUUUUUGAAGCAUGGAAUCCUUGAGCUAGCUUCUUCAACAGGUUGUUAAACUUUCGACUCCAAAUUAUGCGCAGAAUAUCGACAAAAAGAAAAAAAAAAAAACAAGCAAACAAAUAAAAACAUUUGCCAUAUUGUUUAAUUUUAAGCGAAUCCUUUUCUAUAAGUUUUUCCCCGUUCAGGAAAACACGAAAAAUUAUUUAUCACUAGGACUUGGAUCUAGAUUUAAGCACACUUUUAUUGCGACUCUGAUU